AUGCUUCGAUCCGCCAAGCCCAAGCUUUCCCUGAGCAUCGUUACUGCCCCGACUACAUCGCGUCCGUCGCUGUCGCUCAAGUCGCCGGUUGCUCCUCGCACUCCAAUCUCGCCAGCGAGUCCAGCAAGCAAGCGAUUUUCUUCUUUGCAAGUACCAAGUUACUCUUAUGUCAACUCAUGCUCCUCGAAGAGCAUCCUCAAGAAGAACUCUGCGGUGCGACCAAGUGUCGCAGACAAGCGCAUCCAAUUCCAAGGCACGCCCACUAUCCACUGCGUGACCCCAAUUGAGAAUACCGAUGAAUACUAUGGCAAGCAUACCAAGAUGUCCCGAGAAGAGCGACGAUGGACUGUCCGCGAGUGA